AUAGACUUUAAAUUCAAAAUAUAUAAGUAUCGAUGUUCUCACUAUCAAAUUCAAAAUUUACUCUACGCUUGGCGCCCACUUAACGUUGUAUUUUUGCAAUGCGGUCACAUUGUCUGUUUAUUAAGUGCUGACAACAGCUGACUUGGCUAAUUUUUUUUAGUUGAUAUUUUUAUCAAUGAAAAUGGAUAAUGUUGACAAUUUGAAUGAUGAUUGCUUGUGCUUUAUACUGGAAUACCUGUCACUCGCGGAUCAAAUGUCCAUGGCACGCAGCUCACCGCGUUUCAAGGAGCUGUUAUGUCAAGUGGUCUGGCGGAAGGCCCAAUUUCGAGAGGUUUCUAUAUCUGAUGCAAUGCUAGCGCCGCUCAACAAACAGGACUACAUGUACUUUUUCGAACUGACGAGUGCACACAUGGAGAAGCUUUACAUAUGGAAUGUCCACAAGAAAGCAUUUGAUUCAUAUUUAGGUCGCCAUCUGUUGCGACCUGAUUUAACAUUCUACCUGCGCUUGGAUUUAACCAACCUGCGCGAGCUGUGCAUAACGGACGAUCAAAUGAACAACAGCAUGAUACAGACCGUAACAAAGAGUUGUCCAGAUUUGUGUAGCUUAAGCGUCUCCAGCGCAUAUAUAACAGGCAAAUUUAUAGUGGGACUGCCCAAUUUAAAGACGCUAGUGGCCAGAGAAUGCUCCGUUGAGCCCGAAUAUCUGGCAGAGCUACUAACUAAGCUGCAGCUGUCCACGCUGGACCUCACCGCCAACAAACAUAAGGUGGAGCAGACCAUUUUGGAAGCACCCACUGUGGGAUUAGUGCAUCUGCAGCGGCUGGGAAUAUCAGAUGCACAGGAUUGUGGUUUUCGCAUAGCGGAACAGCUGCCGCAGCUUAAAGAACUAGUGGUCAGUUAUCAAGAUGUGCAAGCAGAAGAUCAAUGUGAUAUGUUGAAGACCACAAAAGAAUUGGUAGAGUCUUCUACGCCAGAGUUUUUAAAUCGCUUGCAAAUGAUACUGUGCAAUGUAGUAGAUAUGGAAGUAGCGCUAGAGCAGAUAGCCGGUCUGGAAACACGCAGCCCUCGCCAAUCGCCAAAGUUCUGUGAGCUAUUAAAAAUUAUAUACAAAUGUAAAUAGGCGUUGCUCUUGGUAACGCAGCGCGUGGUACUCGCGUCAUUGACAAAACCUCAUAAUGUGCAAUGUAUAUAUACAUUUAGUAUAUAUAGAAUUAUGUAUAUACAGUACAUGCCUAAUCAGCUUGGAUUAAGUAUAAAUAUGCUUUAUCAGAGUAAGGUGGCACGCUCUAUAUAAUUUCAAUUGAUAGUGUCAGAUAGAUUGUAUCUGAGUUUAUACACGUUGAGAUUGUCACGAGCUGUAUACAAUAGAUUACAAAAGACUUGG